AAUCAUUAGGGGCGUGGCCACUACACGUGAGAACCUGUCACAGAGGGUUUGUCGAGCUUUAAAUACAGUCAGUAUUAACUGGGAACGCCUCUUUUGAAGGUUUCCACCGCAGGUUCAGUAGAAUCUGUCAGUGAAGAUGAAGCUACAGACAAAAACAAAAAAUGAUUACUGGUGCCUCGGUCCGUCACACCCAAGUAUUUCAAACAUUUUCCUGAUUCCUUGUUUUGAUCGAGCUCGAUGAUGCAAUGAACAGACCGGUCGGACGAGCUUCUCGAUGAGGUCGGCUCUCACGCUUCUGCUGACUUUAAUGCGAUGACUAGUGAAGCAGAGAGAAGACGGGUCUGAACUUAACAAUGACACAGAUAAAGUGCGUCGCGGUGUUGGUGGUUCUUUCCUUUCAGUGGACUCUUUCACGAGGAGACUCCGAGGUGUUUUGCGUCUUCGCGGAAAGCUGCGUCUUACCGUGCAGCUUCCAGUUCGAUAGCGGAGCGGUCAUCCACUGGACCCGUGCAGGAACAGAACCCAAGUCUGUCCACUCCUACGUCUCCGGCCAAGACCAGCUCACACACCAGGACCAGGACCAGAACUUCAGAGGCAGGACGGCACUGUUCGAGGAUCAGAUCUCCAGAGGAAACGCCUCACUGCUGCUGACAGGAGUCAAGGUUCAGGAUGAAGGAAGAUACCAGUGUUACACCAGCUCCACCACUGGAAACGAGACUUCAUUUAUCGACCUGAAAAUGGACGCUCCAGUCCAAGAAGUCAACAUAGUUCAUGCAGGAAAGAGGAUCACCUGCAGCUCUAACGGGAUCUACCCUGAACCUGAGCUCACCUGGUCCACCACACCUCCAUCCAACAGGACCUUUAAGAGUUCAACCAUUGUCCAGAGGGCGAAGGAGCAGCUUUACAACAUCAGCAGUUCUCUGAUACUCCCCAGCAGCAACGGUGAUCUGGUCAUCAACUGCACCGUCAGCACUCGAAGAAGCAGGGAGACAGCCUCAUUUCUGCACUUCUCAAAGCAGUUAGAAGAAAGCACCGCUAUAGCAAUGGUGUUUGGUGUCAUUUUGAUUACAAUACUAACAGGCCUGGUACCAUGCAUCUGCCUUAAAUGUAAAAAGCACACAUCUGUCCUCCGACAAGAUUCAUAUCAGCCUGAUGUCACGUGGAUGAGAAGAAGAAACUCGGAGGACAGGAUAGUGUUCGACACCGAAACGGACAGUCACGAAGCGAAUCACUGGUUACUGAUAGACAGCGUAACAACCAACAGCUCUGGAGAAAUCGAUGAAGUCUGACAGAUGAAUGAAUUAACCCACAACUGGAGAAUUAGAUCGACAUGACUGUUCAGUGCACUUUAUUCCAGGACUAUGUUUAAAAUGCAGAUGUUUUUGUUAGGCCUUUGAGGGCCCAGGUCUCCUUGGAGUGGCUUUGUUAUUACUUGUGCUUCAUGCAUUCAGAGCCACUACGUAAAUAAGACUGUUACUGUGCUCAAGUAUUAAAGCGUUAAAUAAUGAAACGUAUGAUAAUUUAACUAAUCAAGAUGAACUGAAACACAACCCCUUCAACACCCCCCUAGUGAAAGUUAAUGUUCUAAUACAACGGUCCUGCACUGACUACAUCCUCCAGUUUAAAACCUGCUUUUCUGAUGCUGUUUCAACAUCAGCUCAACAUCAUGAAGGAGGAUUCAGUGCAGGGCUUCUAUGUAAGAAUACAUUCACGAACGUCCCUAAUGAAGUGGCAGGUGUGCACGUGCAAUUUAAAGUUAUAUCCUAACUUGCUUAUGUUUCUGAAAGCAACGUACAGUGUUAUGAUGAUUCUAUUCAUAUUGAGACGUGAACAGAGGUUUUUAAUUUGUGGUGUGCUUAGACUUUCUGAAGAGUUUUAUUUUUUUUAAUUAAAAAUAUACUUGCUGAAA